AUGUUAGGUAAAACCGGCCUGUGCUUGAUUACGUUUCUCAUCUUGGCAUCCGUGGCCGUGCAAGCAAAAUUUCAGAAGAGACAAUGGCUGAUUCCACUGAAUCCUGACAGUUUCAAGAGCUUCUCAGAUGAUCAGAGAUUCUUGGUUCAAUUUUAUGUGCCCAAUUGCAAAAGCUGUGCCUUCCUGAGACUAGACUUGAAUUACUUGCUCACCAUCUUAGAGGCCACAUCGAAUAAUAACAUCACAGUUGGAACCCUUGACUGCAUCAAACAUGAGAACUUUUGCCAUGAGCUGAAUAUUACUGAAUAUCCGACUAUGGGCAUAUUCGAGAAGCGGGGAGAGCAGCACAGAUUCAUCGACGGAUCACCCAAUAUGCAAACGUUGCAGCAGUCCUUGGGGAUUCACAAUAAUGGCGUCGAAUUCGUAGGACCCGACUCCGACAAUGCCUUACUAUGUGAGCCAGGCUCUGUUCAGCACUUGAAUUCUGGAACCUUCACGCACACCGUAGCAUCUGGAGUAUUUUUCAUCAAAUUUUACUCACCCAAAUGCGUACACUGCAACCAAUUGGCGCCCACUUGGAUAAAGCUGUCGAAAAAAUUGAAAGGAAGUGAUAUAUGUGUGGCUGAGGUCGACUGUCUAGCCUCAGCGGCUCUUUGCAGAAGUUUCAAUGUCACUGAAGUGCCACACAUUGCUUGGUUCCAGAAUGGCAAGGAGGUGAGGGUUUACACUGGACCACGAGAUCUUAAUUACUUGGAAGAAUUCGCCAAAGAUAUGAUUGCGGGGAGGUCUCGUGACACCAAAAAUCUCUCAGCAAUCGCCAUUAAAAAGGCGAACGACUUGUAUCUCAUGUUAGUCUUUAUGAUUUAUAUAUUUAAUGCUGUAGAUUGUGGUCUAUAA